CUCUUCACUUUCACUCCUCGCUAUCAAACUUCUUUCGCAGUUCCUAACGUUAUUAACUUUAUUCUUUUAACAUCAACCAAAAAAAAAUCAUGGAUCGCAAUGCCACUCUACUCGCCGCCCUCAUCUGCAUUGUCUUAACUUCCGCCACCGCCCAAUCACCAUCCUCCUCCCCCACCGCCACCCCAGCACCACCAACCUCCACCACUCCACCCCCCACUGCCACCCCUCCCGUCGCUACACCUCCCCCAGUCAGCUCUCCACCACCAGCCACCCCACCACCCGUUUCAGCCCCUCCACCAGUUGCAACCCCACCACCUGCUACCCCUCCACCAGUUGCCACUCCACCGCCAGUUGCAACACCACCACCAGCCACUCCACCACCAGUUGCCACCCCUCCGCCAGUGGCAACCCCACCGCCAGUAGCAACCCCACCACCAGCCCCAGUGCCAGUAUCUUCACCCGCUGUGACACCAUCGGUAGCCCCAUCUCCCUUAACUAUGAGCCCACCAGCACCACCUACCGGAGCUCCAUCUCCAGCUGUCAGAACCACCGGCAUAUCUCCUGCACCAUCAGCUACUGAUGUGAGUGGCGCGGAGAAGAUGGGAUCCAUGGUUGGAGGCCUGGUUUUUGGAUCGGCUCUUGUUUCCUUGCUACUCUAGAGAUGUAUAUUUUUUCUCGGUCAUCUAUGGUCUUUGAUUAUCAUCGAUAUCUUUAUGAUUUUGCCACUUGUUUAUUGGUGUAGCAAAAGAAUUUUCUUUCAUUGUAUUUUGAAGUGAAUUUAUUAGUUGGGAUUCUUUUAAGGA